CUGAACGAAGUGAAAGCCACUUGAGAUGUAGACAAUCCGUGUUUAUCAAUUCCCUUUAUCUUAUCAAGUUGGGAAUUAUGUUUAUCAUCCUAGUCUGUUUCCUUCGGUAGAUAAUUCUACACGAUUCGUGAUCGAAACAUCAACACCAACAAAUUCAAGGUAUGAAGUUACCUCUUUUAUUGGUGACUAUUGCAGUCAUCUAUUUAUCUCAAGGUGUAGGAGGUUCAAAAAUCCUAGGAGUGUUUUGGACACCAAGCAAGAGUCAUCACAUCCUUGGCAGUGCUUUGCUUCAAGCAUUGGCCAAAAAAGGACACAAUGUAACGUUGCUAAGUCCAUUCAUUGACGAUGUUGAUAUACCGAACUUCAAACAGAUCAAAUUGACAGGAAUUGAGGGUUCCCUGACGCAAUUGAUUAACCCAAAAAGCAACAUUCUGAAGAAAACAAUCACCUUUGUCUCGUCCUUCGGCAAAAACACUGAGAAGUUUUGGAACAACAAACCCGUACAAGAUCUGAUCAAAUCAAGAGAUCACUAUGACGUCGUCCUAUCCCUGAAUUUCUUCAAUGAUGGACUAUUGGCACUUAACCAUCAUUUGGGAGCCCCUACCAUCAUUUUUCACCCUGCAGCUACUACGAGUGGGUCGAACAAAUACGUGGCAAAUCCAAAUUUGCCUUACUAUGAUAAUCCUUUCCUCAUCAAGGUUGGUCCGCAUACCAGUUUCUUUGCAAGGAUGAUGACAACUACGUUGACCGGGAUUGUGGCUUUAAUAGAUAUGUUUAUAAUGACUCCGGUACAACAAAGUAUAACACAGUCUUACCUUCCGACAUCUCCACCAAUAUUAGAGCUGAGGAAGAACAUUUCUUUGCUGAUGGUGAAUGCACAUACAAGUUUGGAACCUACAAGGCCCUAUGUACCCAAUAUGGUACAAAUUGGAGGUUUCUAUGCACAAACUACAAAGAAACUUCCAGACAACCUUCAGAAAUAUCUAGAUUCGGCAAAAGAUGGAGCUAUUCUCUUUAGUUUUGGUACUAAUAUGAAGAUUGCUGAAGUGGAAAAAGAUAAGCUUGAUGCCAUUAUGGAGGGUUUGAGGAAAAUUGCCCCCAUCAAGGUUUUGUUCAAAUCAGAAAUUGACUUGAAGGAUGCCCCGAAGAAUGUUUUGGUUUCCAAGUGGUUGCCACAAAAUGAUAUAUUAGCACAUCCAAAUAUAAAGGCUUUUAUUACCCAUGGUGGACUUGGAGGCAAUACUGAGGCUGUCUACCAUGGAGUACCAAUGAUAGGGAUUCCUCUUUUCGCCGACCAGAAGACUAACAUUGAAAACGCAGUCAAAUCAGGUUACGCUGUCAGGAUAUUUUAUGAAGACAUAAACCAGAAAACGGUCGAUGAAGCUUUGGAACAAAUCCUGAAGAAUCCUUCGUACACUGAAAAGGCUAAGAAGCGAUCUUCCUUGCUUAGGAAGCAACCUAUGAAUCCUAUGGAUAAGGCCAUCUGGUGGGUGGAACACAUUAUUGAACACAAAGGAGGUGAACAUUUGAGGAACUUGGGUAUGGACUUGGAAUGGUAUCAGUUGUAUAUGGUGGAUAUUAUGCUCUUCUAUCUCGUUGUUAUUGUGAUAAUGUUAACUACCUCUAUACUAUCGAUGAGAUGGAUAAUUAGAAAGCUAUUUUUCAAGAAUAAAAAUAAGACUAAAAAUAAGAAAUCGAAGAAAGAGUGAGAUAUAUAAUUGUGAAGUAUUGAAUAAAACUUUAAUUGAUAU